AUGCGCCGAAACGCCGAAGCGUUCGUCGAAGCGCCGGCCAAGAGCUACAGCCCAUCCAGAGACUCUCAAAGAGGCCGUUCAGUUAAUCAACGGUGCGGUAACACGCACACUACCUCUAUGUGUAUCUUGAGCACGCAGCAUCGGUUCCGUAGUCCUGUUCCUCGGGUCCGGGCGACUAAACUCAACGACACAAUUGAGAGUGACUUCGGCCAGGGGCAUGAACAAGACGGCCUCCCGCCCGUCACGUACGAGCCCAGCCACUCGGCGGGUUGCCCAAAGGUCCACGAGAAUAAGCCCAUCCCGUCCCACAAGGCAACAAGGGAACAAGGCAUGCUGAGUGCUACAGGAUCAGACACGAGAGCGACGUCGUCUUCUCAACAUAGCUCGCACCUGCACAACACGCCAGGGGCCGACGGGUUUAAGGGCGCACAAGGUUCUUUAGAGACGGCCCCAGUGGUCAAUUGCCGACAAACGGCCGGUAGUCAGGUACUAAGCUGA